AUGUCGACCAAGCCUGAGACAUCACGCCCACGGGCGCCAGACACCAAGAAGGUGCACAUUGCUGAUACGGCAAUCACCUCGAAGAACUGGUACAAACAUGUCAACUGGCUGAACGUCGCCUUCAUCAUCGGCAUCCCGGUCUAUGGGUGCAUCCAGGCCCUCUGGGUGCCAUUGCAGUUGAAGACCGCCGUCUGGGCCGUCAUCUAUUACUUCUUCACAGGAAUGGGCAUCACUGCUGGAUACCACCGUUUGUGGGCGCACUGCUCCUACUCGGCCACUCUGCCCCUCCGCAUCUGGCUGGCUCUCGUCGGCGGUGGUGCCGUGGAGGGCUCCAUUCGCUGGUGGGCUCGCGACCACCGCGCCCAUCACCGGUACACUGAUACCGAUAAGGACCCGUACUCCGUUCGCAAGGGUCUGUUGUACUCGCACCUGGGCUGGAUGGUCAUGAAGCAGAACCCCAAGCGCAUUGGCCGCACCGACAUCUCCGACCUGAACGAGGACCCCGUCGUGGUCUGGCAGCACCGCAAUUACAUCAAGGUCGUGCUCACCAUGGGCCUCGUCGUGCCCAUGCUGGUGGCGGGCCUGGGCUGGGGUGACUGGAUGGGCGGAUUCGUAUACGCGGCCCUUCGACGACCGCAACUCCCCCGUGACCACGUCAUCACCGCGCUGGUCACGCUCGGUGAGGGCUACCACAACUUCCACCACGAGUUCCCGUCGGACUACCGCAACGCCAUCGAGUGGCACCAGUACGACCCUACCAAGUGGUCCAUCUGGACCUGGAAGCAGCUGGGUCUGGCCUUUGAUCUCAAGCAGUUCCGCGCCAACGAGAUCGAGAAGGGCCGCGUGCAGCAGCAACAGAAGAAGAUCGACCAGAAGCGCGCCAAGCUGGACUGGGGAGUGCCACUGGACCAGCUGCCUGUCAUGGAGUGGGACGACUAUGUGGAGCAGGCCAAGAACGGCCGGGGUCUAAUUGCCGUCGCUGGUGUGGUGCACGAUGUGACCGACUUCAUCAAGGACCACCCCGGCGGCAAGGCCAUGAUCGGCUCCGGCAUUGGCAAGGACGCCACGGCCAUGUUCAACGGCGGUGUGUACUAUCACUCCAAUGCCGCCCACAACCUUCUCUCGACCAUGCGCGUGGGUGUCAUCCGCGGCGGUAGCGAGGUGGAGAUCUGGAAGCGCGCCCAGAAGGAGAACUCGGAGUAUGUGCGCGACGAGGCCGGACAGCGGGUGAUCCGCGCCGGGAUGCAACCGACCAAGAUCCCUGAGCCGAUCCCGACGGCGGAUGCGGCUUAA